AUGUCUCGGGUUGCCCGUCCAGAUCUCCAGCCAAGUGCUAGUUCAGCCGCUACCGACGCCUCGCUGUUGCCGUCCCAGGCCUCAGCGCUUCUGGGCUGCUUCACCAACUUCCUCACCGUUGCACUGCACUCCAUCCUCUACCAUCGGAAGCUUUACCCAGAGGCCACCUUUCUCACAGCUCGUGCCUACAACCUGCCCGUCCACCAGUCUCGACACCCUGGGGUCUGCGCCUGGAUCCGGGACGCCGUCGCUGCUGUCGGAGCACAAGUCCGGGUUGGUUCUGCGCGCCAGGUUUCCCUCGUCAUCCACGCUCCCGCCAGCUUCGACGUCGUUGAACGGUGGAUAUUUGACCUGCAGUCGUUUCCUGCCACCUGGGGCGACAAGGACACGUCCUCCGGUCCGCCCCUCGAUCCCGCAACGGCUGAUGAAGCCGUCAACUGGACCGAUGUGAACGAAGCGUUGCGAGGAGCGUUGAGCAGGAUCGCCCACGUCGGCCAGAGCAGGCCACGUCUCCCCGACGGCUGCACGUUCACCAUAGGAAUCGAACUGCGUGACCAGGCCCUGCCGCCAAUCCAGCACCCACAACUUUGGAUUCCCGCCCAGCCUCAUCUCCAAACGGCUUCUGAGAGCAGGCCAGAACUUGGCCGCGCCCUUGGAGGGACAGCCACGGCGCCGAUUCGCUCCGUCCGGGCAGGGCCCCUGUUCUUUGAGUGUUGGGUCGAGCAAGGAAAGCUAGCUUCCAGCACAGCUUCUCCUGAGGCGCCCUCGUUCUCGCCUGCGUCCGACAACAGGAGGGGGACAGGCCCGCCAGACACUACAGCAUCUUCAAGUUCGUAA